UAUUUGCCUCGUAUUUACACUUGGAAUAAUAACACGACUGCUGUAGAGGUGUUUUUAGCCAUGUUCGUAGCGCGUUGUGUGUAUAAAGCAGAGCUCGGUCCCCGGAUAGAAUAGAGUAGAACAAUCCAGUAGGCAGAGAGAGUGGACAACCCAAACACGGACGGUUAGCAGACAACUAUCGUAUUAAACAACGGCGGCCUGACAGCCAUUUAAAUUAAACUAAUUAGCUCCACCGAUAAACAAUGUGACCCAGCGAGGAGGACACCGUGGUGAGGACUGUCAGAAACACAUGACAACCAACUUUGGUUGUUGUGAGAGGCGCACCAUGGCAUCUCAGCCGAGUGUAUACAAUGAAGAAAGGAACCUCCUUCGCCUCCGAGCAUGGGAACAGAGGAACCAAGAAACAAACCAACAAGCCAAAGAACUUAACCCUGAGAAUGUGCCACUUUUUGGCAAACCAUACAAGACAAACAAAGGGGAUGAGCUUUCCAAUCGAAUCAAGAGGAUGUUGGGCAGUUAUGAAGAUGUAAAUAAUCCUAAUCCCUUUGCCAUUGAGCCUUCACCCAUUCCUUCUUAUGUGACCUUCUCACAGUCGGAUCAGGGUCAGCCAGACACGGAUAAACCAACCAAACCGCCAUUCCAUAACCUGAUCCAUUACACGUCCACUCAGAGUCAGAAAGCCCCAUCUAGUAGCGGAUACUCCUCUCAGCCCCUGAGGACGUCUAACACCUCUUCUUCUCCAAACCAAUAUGGGAAUUCAUCUUUGAACCACAGUCAGCUCAGCCACUCAGCACAUCACCAAAAGAAAAGUGAAGCAGAUCUCAGGGAGCGUGUCAGUCUUACCCAGGAAAUGUCUUGUCAGGCUCCCGAUGUGAAGCCACCACUACCCUUCCUAGGUUCCAGUGACCAAGACAACACUGACAUGGACACUAAGGAGACAUUGGAUAGACGUCAGCUUCAAGGCUCAACAGAACGCCCCUCCGAGUGCACAGGCAACAUGGAUGUUUCCACAUUUAACCUAAAACAGUCCCCCAAAGAUACACCUCUGUCUCAAGCCAACAAGGGCAAUGUGUUACCUUCCCAGACGUUCCCUUCACUCCUGUCUAAGCAGCCCAGUGUAGUCAUGACCCAGAAGCCAACAGCAUAUGUGCGGCCCAUGGAUGGUCAGGACCAGGUGGUCAGUGAGUCUCCAGAGCUGAAGCCUUCACCAGAGCCAUACGUGCCUCUACCGGAAUUAAUCAACAAAUCUGACCUGGGCAAAGCAAAGAUGCUGCCACAGUUUUUAGAGUCGAGGACAAAUGAAGCUCAGUGUGUCGAGGACAUCUUGAGGGAAAUGACCCGCUCGUGUCCCCCUCUCCUGACAGCUAUAUGCACACCUAGCACAGGUGAACCCUCCAAGUCCCCGUUCCCAGCCAAGGAAGCAGAGAAUGCCUCUUCGUGUCCAGGACAAAAAAAAUAUGACGCAUCUCCUGCAGAUCCAUCCCAACUCCUCCAGCAGAGCACCUCAUCAUCAUUUAAAGAAGUACAUUCCAGAGGGGUUGAGUCUGCCAGCUCCAGCGACUCAGAGAGUAGCUCAAGAUCAGAGUCAGACAGUGAAAGCACCACAGAGGAGCCACCUCAGCACCCAGUGAGCAGUUCAGUCAAAACAGAGCCUGAUGCUCCAGCGGUGACUCAUGUUGACUGGCAGUUGGGGAACUGGAUCAGGUCCAGCCAGCAGAACUCCGGCACCGAAGGUCGAGGCGGUGCCUCUGAGAGCCCUGCUCACAAACAUCCACCGCCGACUCAGAGCUCCAAGCACUCCAGUGUAGAGGCGGUCGAUCCCACCAGGGAGUCUAAACCUCAGCUUUCUUCUCACCAGAAAGCGUAUACUGAUAGCCUUGGAAAGCCCCAGCAGUACAGUGAAAACCCUCAGGAUACCUUUAACCAGCAAAGAAGCCAAAAAUCCCCCUCUGCUGAUGUAAACAGCUGUAGCAGGAAAGUUUCAUGCACGUACUCCUCAGUAACAGCAAAUGCAGAUCGCCAGGAUCGCGCUGAUGCAGCUCUCAUUGUGAAGUGUGAGGAAGUCGUAGAAACACGACCCUCAGACCCGUGUUUCACAGACAGACCCAAGGUAAAGACGAAAACAGGGCAUGGCAAGAAAAGCAAGGACAGCAGUGACGCUAAAAGAGACAGUAAGAGGACUUCUAAACACACAACACUUGACAAGCGGAAGGCUGGCUCGGAGCCUGACGUCUCGCUUGCUCUGUACAGUUCGUGUACAACCUGUGGUGUGGGAUAUCCGAACCCCUGCUCCUGCCCCACCCAAAAUCCUGCUCAGCCUGAUCAGCAGUCUCCUGCACCGUCAGUCAGAAUCAGUUGUAGCAAACCAAAGUCAGAGAAGAGCACCAAAACAACCCACAAGCACCUGGGGAUGACCGGGCAUACAGCCAAGAGUUCUCGAGUCUCCCAUAGGCCUCCUAAGUCCCUGCUGGUGAAGAUUGAUCUAAGUCUGCUCUCAAGAGUCCCUCAGACCUCCUUCAACCGCCAGCAGAAACCCAGCGAUGCAAAGAGAACAGCACUGGUCAGAGAGCAAGAUGGAGGGGGCAGUGAUGCUUGUUCAACCCACAAACUCACCAAAACCAGCAAAAAGAGUAUACCUCAAAAUGUUGAGGUAGACAACAAAACUAUUCCCAAGAAGAAACCAAGGCUGGAAAACAAAAAUACCUCAUCAAGUCAAGCUUCUGUCAAACUGGAAAGUUCCAAGAGUUCAACAGAGGAGCGGGAGCGAAAGAAACCCAAGAAAAAUCCUGUUCCUCUGCAGCUGCAGCCUCCGACACCCAAAGGCACUAAAGACUCAAAGCCACAAAAACGCAAUUUUGUGGAGACCAGUAAAGAGACCAGUAAGGACACCAGUAAGGAGACCAGUAAGGAGGCUUCAAACAGCAAAGACUCUGGCAAGCACAAGAGGAGCAGUGGAAAGAACACAGAGCACCCACACUCUGAAAAGCAGAAGCCCCCAAAGAAAACCUUCGCCGUCCCAUCAGCUUCACAGCCGUCCAGGCAGACUUUGACCAACAGACCGUUGCUCAGAUUUGAGGAUAGGCAUUAUCCUGUGAAGCAUUACAUAAAGGAGGCCAAAAAACUGAAGCACAAAGCUGAUGCAGAGUCAGAUAAAUUCAGUAAAGCUUUUAACUACCUGGAUGCGGCCAUGUUCUUCGUUGAAAGUGGCAUUGCUAUGGAGAAAGAUCCACAGAUUUCCAUGUCUUCCUACACGAUGUUUGCAGAGACCGUUGAACUGCUCAAGUUUGUACUGAAACUUAAAAACACAGUGGACCCCUCUGCUCCAGCCUCAGAAAAGGACUUUUCAGCUUUAUGUUUGAAGUGCCAGUCUCUCCUGCAUAUGGCCAUGUUUCGCCACAAACAAAAAACUGCACUCAAGUAUUCAAAGACCCUCACUGAUCAUUUCAAUAACUCUGCUCCGAAAACAAACGAUUCCUCUGCCUUAUCAUCAAAAGUCGCAGACACCCCGUCCCCGAUGCCCAGCAUGCCGUCUCCAGCCAGCACAUCCAGCAGCUCAGGUCCUGGCUCCAGCCACAGUGGCAGCGUUUUGGUCACGGACCCCGUCAGCAGCACCGUGGUGGUUCCACGAGCCAUUGAGCAAGUGGCGUUCAGCUAUGUCAACAUCACCACAUUAUUCUUGAGCGCUAAUGAUAUCUGGGAGCAGGCGGAGGAGCUGGCACACAAAGGCAGUGGCAUGCUGACAGAGCUGGACACUGUUAUGGGCCCACUGAGCCUGACGUCGAGUAUGAGCUCCAUGGUCCAUUACACGAGACAGGGUGUCCACUGGCUGAGGAUGGACAGCCAAAAGGUGAAGUGACCAACAACCUGCUGCUCUUGCUGCUGCUGCUGCUGCUGCUGCUGCUGGAUGUCUGCAAACCCUCCGAGCUGCCUCUCAUCCCUGAGCUGCCCCUCAGGCUUGUGACAGUCGUCUUUAUCUUCACUUCACAUGAACGUUAACUCAUCUCAUGUUCUCGAGGACAUCACACUGAUUAUUGCACUUAUUUUUUAUUUUUUUCUCAUGUCCACGUUGGUGUUUCUCUCUCUCUCUCUCUGGCACUUUUAUGAACUUUGGUUACAUCUGUUGUAAUCCACCUAUUUUAUGAUUUGCACCUGCUUAGUACCUUCCUGUUCUUUUGUGAGCUGAUGUCGUGAAACAUUUGGGAAUCAGGGCUUUAUUCAGGAGUGACCUUAACUGAAAUUGGAUGAAAGUACAAAUAUAACCAAAAGUACUUUUAUUAGUGGCUCUAUGAUUUUUACACACAUGAUUGUGGAGCGAGUACUGACACAGGUCUUAUUUAUUAUCACAACGUUUGUUCAUCACUACACAAUUGUUUCUAUUUGAUUUUAUUUAAUUUAUCUUGAAAAGAAAUUCUUUUUUUUCCCCUGUGUCUGUCUUACUGCUCAGUUUGAUUUGGAUUCAGGGAUUUUGAAUUUUUUUAAAUUCUGCACUGUGUUUUCUUCUACAACUCACCCAUGAUAAGUCAGGUGUGCAUUUCACGCGGAGAUGAGGUAAUUUCUUGUGCUUUUUGUACACCUGACGGCAUCUAAUUUUUUACUUUUCAGGAAGUAGAGAUCAGGUGCAUAUGGGAAACUUGUUGCUGCCAAAAAAAAGCUUAGUAACAGUAAAACCAGAUCAGCAUUCAGUUUUCUAUUUUAGUGGUUCAGUUUUUCAGCUGAUUGUUACCAGAUUUAAAGUUCUGGUUGGAUUAAAAUGCACUUUUUGUGCAAAGACUAGUGCAGUUAAAGGAAAAAAUAAAACAAAAAAAUCAUGUGCCAAAAUGUCCCCACUGGUUAAAAUACAUGUUGAAUGUAGGUUAAAUUAUUUGGAUAAAUCAGGAUACAUUCAAGUCACAAAUCACGUUUGAAUAAUAAUAAGACACGGAGGCUCUUUGUGACCACGUAGAGUCUGUUGGCUGCAAUCUGUUCAUGUCGUUGUAUCAUUUCAAGGCAUUACCAUUUCGCUUUAGGUCUCACCUGUCUGCUCUUGUCUGAAUCAGAGCGAAUGAUGAUUGGAAACAGAUUACUGGAUUGUCACAUGGUUUCGUUGUGAUGGUUGCAGCUCAGGGUCGUGGCAGCAGCGAUGCGCUUCACAAGCAGCGACUUGUUCGCCAGAUUUUUAUUCUUGUCAUCCUGUUGGGGAAAAAAAAGCUCUUGUGCCUCCUCCUAAUGGAAAGUAAAUUAUUCAUCUUACUUAAAGAAGAUUCUUGUCUUGACUUCCUGCAAAAACAAAAGGGGGAAUAAUUUGACAUCCCUGACUUUCUGGUGGAUGUCGUGGUUCACACUGGCCGGUUUGAGUUACCUUUUAAGUAUAGUGGAACGACCACAGUUAUGAAACAACAGUAGUGUUCCCUUUAUUUGUUUUUGCACCAGUAAUCUGCUCUCCUCUGUGUUUCCCACACUUUUGUUGAGCAGCAAAUGUUGAGUUGCAAAAUGUUUACUAGAUCUGUGGGAGUAGAAUAAAUGGCCAAACUAUAGCUUAGUGAAGAAUGCACUUUUUGAGUAUUUGUAGUUAAUUUCAGUGUGUUUUUUGGACAAAAGACCACGUUCCCAAAGACCAGCAGGACUGUGCUUGUCUUGUUUAUUGUAACUUUGAUUCUAAGCAAUAAAGCACGGGUUUUGUUGGCUUUAGUGAGGUGUUGAUGUCACAGCUUCUUAUUGAUAAACACGGGGACACAAAAAAUAAUCAGUAUGAAAUGGUAAAAAGAAACAUUGCUUUAGAUUAGCAUUUGUGGGUUUUGGAAACGUUUCCCUUGUUGAUUCAGUUGGUGUGUCUGUGCAGUUACAUGAUAAAAGGGCUAAACAAGGAUCACAAAGUGUUCCUAACUUUAUUUUCACACACAAAUGAUGAUAUUUUUUUAAGUACGGAGCAAGAACACUGGUGCCGUGACUGAUUAUUUUUAUGUACAGGCUGCUAAAGAUGUGAUCUUUAGUUUCUUAACACGGAUGUCUAAACUGUUAUUUUGGAAUUCGACAUUCAGAAAUCAUGCAUCUUCAAUUGUUGUCCUUUCCAACCUGUGGCUUUAUUUCCAUCAUCUUUAAUUGUUGGUGCCUCCUCUAUGAAUUUCUCUGCAUAAGUUUACACUUCUUGUCCAAAUAAUAAUUUACUGGAAACAUUUGAAGGAUGCUUUUUUUUUCCUUUUGUGAAAUAUCUAAAGAAUUUGUGUUGCAGUGUACAGACAUUAAUAAACACUGGAAAUGA